AUGCUUUUUCUUACUUCACAAUUCCUCGUGGCGCCCAACGUAAGGAGACAAUCAUUGGUCGGUGGCUGCCAGCUGGCACUGAAUGAGUUUUCUCCAGCUGGCCCGUGGGACCAGUACUCAUUGGGUCGCCAAUCCGGAUCCGAAAAGAGGAAUGCGGGGAAGAUUGCAAAGAGUUCCAGGAGGAUUUUGACAGGGAAGGCUGCCAAGAAGGAUGCUGGGGCUGUUUUGGAGGAUGUGAAGGAAGAAGCCAAAGGUGCCGCUCAAUCUGCAAAGGAGGAGCUGAGCAAAGCCACCAACGGAACAGUUCAGAACGGUGCGCCGCAAGAUGAGGAUGACAGUCCCGACUGGCGCCGCGUUUUGCCACAUGUCAUCACGGCGGCGUUUGCAAACUUUUGCUUUGGUUACCACAUUGGGGCAUUGAACGGACCUUUGGAGCAAAUUGCCGCAGACUUGGGCUUCGCGGGCGACACCAUCACGCAAGGUGUGGUCGUCAGCACUUUCCUCAUCGGCGCAUUCAUUGGGAGCGUCGUCGGAGGCCCUCUCUCCGACAGCCUCGGUCGGCGGCGCACGUUCCAGCUCGAUGCGAUUCCCCUCAUUUUGGGACCGGCUUUGAUGGCCCUUUCAAACGACGUGCCGUCCAUUGUGCUGGGCAGGCUGCUCGUGGGUAUUGGUGUUGGUGUGAAUACGUCCCUAGUGCCACUGUACAUCUCAGAGAUUGCGCCGACCAAGUACCGCGGCACGCUGGGCAGUCUCUGCCAGAUCGGCACAUGCAUUGGGAUCAUCACAGUGCUGCUCGUGGGUCUGCCCGCCAAGGAAGUGGACGGCUGGUGGCGCACGAUGUUCUGGCUGGGGACCAUUCCAGGGUUCAUCAUCAUGGGGGGAAUGCAGUUUGCGGCGGAGAGCCCGCGCUGGCUCGGCAAGGUUGGAAAGUGGGACGAAGCCCGGAAGACUUUAACCACUUUGUGGGGCGAGCGUUUCGUCGACGGCGCCAUUGCUGAUUUGGAGGCGGUUGCAGAGGCGGAGAAGCUGGAGAAGGACGAGGCCUCGUGGGCGGACAUGUGGUCGCCGCGCUACAGGAAAGUCGUGGGAAUUGGCUCCGUCUUGUUCAUCUUGCAACAAUUCGCGGGCAUCAACGGCGUGCUCUACUUUUCCUCGACCACGUUUAAGGAGGCGGGGAUUGGCUCCGACAUGCUCGCGAGCGCGGCCGUCGCCGCCGCCAACCUCAUAGGCGCUCUCGUUGCUCUGUACGUUAUGGACAGAGCGGGCCGUCGGAACCUUUUGAUGGGCAGUUACGGGGGCAUGGCCGGCUCCAUGCUUUUGCUCACUGCAGCCCUAGCGGUUCCGCAGCUGCACGACUCCGGCAUCGGAUCCGCUCUUUCCGUCGCCGGAACGCUGGCCUACGUGUUCACUUUCGCGCUGGGCGCUGGGCCUGUUACGGCGAUUCUGCUGCCCGAGAUUUUUAACACCAGGAUACGCGCCAAGGGGAUGGCGGUUAGCCUGUGCGUGCACUGGGUUUGCAACUACUCCAUCGGCCUGUUUUUCCUAGAGGCCGUGGAGAAGGUCGGAGUCGCUUCAAUCUACGCUUUUUUUGCCGCGGUCUCCCUUGCGUCUGUCGCAUAUGCGAGCUCCCAGAUCCCCGAAACAAAGGGGCGGUCACUCGAGGAAAUCGAGAGGGAGCUCUAUGGACCGGCGCCGGAAUAGGGACAGACUUUAGACUUCAAUUCGUUUGGAGCAGCUUUCAAAUGCCCUUCGGACAUGUUGCUUGUCCGCACUUUUCCGUUUGGCCGGGCCAGGGGCUUUGUUCCGGUUGCGAAACGGAAGCCGGAAGUGGCGGGCGGAACGUGGCAGUGGUCGGCAGCGCGCUCGCGAUCUGGACGGGGUUGGCUAUUGCUAGCAAAGCUUUGUUGUUGUGAGUCGCUUGAAAGGAGAUACCAAUCUGCAGUGUACAAAACUGGUAAAGGGUUGAUAGACACGCACGCGUAGGAAUAAAUGGCGCACCCAAUAAGCUAGGUUUCUCCGAUUGAACGGUUAGAAAGAUUUUGGGCGGAACCCGGAGGCCCCGCCUCAUGUGCAGCUUGGCAUCGACCGGGCUUGAUUGUUGUUCGUCACACGCGGCACGGGCGUAUGUCUCUGCGAGCACCUUUUUAAAAUACACAAGAUGAGAUUGAACAGGCGUGUGCUACGCAUUUGCCAAUUAAACAGUUGGUUGACGCCCUGCGCAGCACCACUUCGGCGCCCGGCCGGCGGUCAGCUGGCAUGUCGUGCGCGGCAUGCUGUGGUUGAUUGGAGAAUUAGUUGAUCCUAAAUCAAGCAAGGCAGCCGGAGUCGGACACACACUGAGUAAAGUACCUGGCUUCUGAUAUUCUGCGGAGU